UUUUUCUCUCACUGUAAGAAUAUUUGAUUUUUGUUGUGGGUGAUAUUUGAUAUUUUUGUAUGCCUUUAGAAAGUUAUUUUGUUCCUUGUUAAUUAGUUUUCAAUAUGCUUUGACAUUGGAGCGUACAUUUGCAUUUGGACAUACACACUUGAGAAGUUUAAGAUGAAUCGCCGUGGCAGUGCCGUGGAGUCACAGAUCCAUGUGAACCCUCACAGACCCAAGACACCCAGCCGCAUACCCAGUAUCAGUGUAGCCUCAGAAUACGAGACGUUAUCUAAUGGCCGCACGUCAGAGACUUUGUUGACAUCUCGAGACCCCAUUACUUAUGGAGCAAUUCCAGACAGGCCUGUCAAUGAAACAAGCACCACACCGCUGAGUAGCUCACACAGUUUUGAGGAUGAUGAUGACGACGACAAAACACCAUUCUUUAGCAGUAGCAACCUGCGCAAACUUGGCAAAAUUGGCGCGAAAGAAAUGCUGAAUCAUCUGAAAGUCUUCAUCUUGUUUGUGAUCACUGUAACAGCUGCAGUAUUUGUGAUCAUGCACCAGGAGGAAGAGAGCGUGACAAAGUGGAACAUGACCAGCGUUCAGUACAACACUACCAAGACAAUACUCAUACCAGAAAAAGACCAAGACAGCCUUAGCCAGUUAAUUUUGAAAGGACCAUUUGAUGACAAUAUCAGUUCAACGGGAAACAUACUGAUUGUUUUAUUACAAAGUAAUAUUGUUGCAACACUUCAUAUCAAUCAAUCAAUGCUUGCAAGUCAAUCCAGCAAAGAAAUUUCCACAAAUACAUCAACACUGAAAAAACCUGAAUCUAUCAACAGGAGUGUCACGUUGAACUUGACCAUAGCCUGGCAGGUGAUUGGUGCCCCACUUUCACCAGAAGUGUGCUAUCCUCUCGACUUCAGCUACAAAUUCUCACAUUCGGCCAAAGCCAAGGAAAUCUGGGCCCUGGUUGUGCUCAUAUUCGUGUAUGGCUUGAUUAUAUUUGAUCUUGUGCAUCGAACACUUGCUGCAAUUAUUGGCUCGUUGAUAGCGAUAGCUGUGAUGUCAGCUUUCUCAAUGCGUCCCACCCUGGAGACUAUUAUGUCGUGGCUUGACGUGGAGACACUCUCGCUCCUAUUUGGGAUGAUGAUUAUAGUGGCCAUUUUCUCUGAAACUGGCUUCUUUGACUUCUGUGCUCUACAGGCGUACAAGUUGGCCAAGGGCAAGGUGUGGCCCCUGAUCACGCUGCUGUGUGCCUUCAGUGCCAUCGUCUCAGCUUUCCUUGACAACGUGACCACCAUCCUGCUACUGACACCUGUCACUAUUAGGCUUUGCGAGGUUCUCAACCUGGACCCCAAGAAGAUUCUCAUUGCAGAGGUGCUGUUCUCAAACAUUGGCGGCACUGCGACUGCCAUAGGGGACCCUCCAAAUGUUAUGAUUGUUUCCCAUAAAGACAUUCGUAACGCAGGUAUCAGUUUUGCUAACUUCUCGGGAUACAUGGCUCUGGGCAUCUUAUUUGUUGCGCUAGCUGCCUAUGGACUUCUACGGUUCAUCUACAGAAAUAUGGCGGACUUGGAGAAUAAAGACCCCAUUGAAAUAUCCGAGCUGCGCCAUGAGAUCGAGAUGUGGCGGCGUGCAGCCAUGCGUAUCGUUGCCGUGUCCCGGGAGGAGAAGGUCAUGCAGGCCAUGUUCCUGCAGCGGGUGGCAGAGCUCGAGAAUCAACUUGUCAAGGCCAUGUACAAGAUGCAAAGAAGGAAGCAGAAGAAUUUCAAAGAAAUGCUUACUGAUCUGGAAACAAAGUAUCGAAUCACGAACAUUCCCCUGUUGUUGAAGAGUUGUGCUGUGUUGCUGAUGGUGAUCAUUCUGUUCUUCACGUAUUCCUUUGUUCAUCAAAUGCACGUGGGUCUUGGUUGGAUUGCCAUCAUUGGGGCUGUGCUGCUGAUGGUGCUGGCGGACAUGCACGAGUUGGAGACCAUCCUGCACCGUGUGGAGUGGUCCACACUCAUCUUCUUUGCUGCUCUCUUCUCUCUUAUGGAGGCACUAAACGAGCUAGGGCUUAUAAAGUGGAUUGGGGACGGAGUAAGCCAGCUUAUAAAUGAUGCAGAAGAAGAGCACCGGCUUCUGGUUGCCGUAGUGAUGAUAAUAUGGGUGUCAUCUCUGGCUUCGAGUUUCAUCGACAACAUACCCUUCACCUCUGCAAUGAUUCCAAUCAUUGUCCAACUGAACACUGAAGCUAAUCUGCCAAUUUUCCCUCUAGUUCUUGCCCUUGCAUUUGGAGCAUGCUUAGGAGGAAAUGGCACAAUAAUUGGAGCCUCGGCCAAUGUGGUGUCAGCAGGCAUUGCAGAGCAGCAUGGAUAUGGGUUCACUUUCUGGGACUUUUUUAAGGUUGGAUUCCCAACAAUGCUUGUGACUACUUUGGUUGCAAUGGUGUACCUGAUAAUAGGGAUCAACGUUGGACUGCAAAAACAACUGGUUCAUAAAUCUUAGUGGCUACUUUGUUGGGUGCCUUCGAUGUGCCUACACUGCCCCUGGCGGAUGAACCUUCCAUUUUGUGCAAUAUGUGGACUGCCGUGUUCUUGUAUUUUUAUUAUUAUUAUUAUUAUUAUAUCUUCUUGGCAUUUCUUGGAGAAUUAAAAGCAACGGCUCUGAUCUAAAACUAGUAUCCAUGGACUGCACAGGCUAAAACUGAACGUCACUUAACACACACGCAUGAAGCCCCUUUUUCCAUGAUAAAGGGUAAUUUCUGUCAUCUUCACAUUCUUGGCUAAUCAGUCAUCAUAAAACAGUUAAGUUCCAACUUAACCAAACAUGGCACAAGUAUUGAUCUCUAACAAAGACGAUACAGGAACACGCAAUGCAACAAAAUAAAUUGUGAAAUCAGUGAAUUCUAAAGCAGAAUGUUAUAAACUGCUUAACCCUUUACCACUUAAAUGUAGAUACAUUUUUUGACGCUUUUGAAGCGUCAUAGAAAGUGACACUAAAUUAAAUACCUUUCUUACUGGAUUCAAGUUUUAAAGGCUUCAUUUCCAACCCUUAGAUACUGAUGAGCAGCAAAUAGCAUAAAACCUGAACAGACUGUGAGUUACUUGCAGGCUGUUCUGGUUUUAUGCUGGUUGCAAAUGCCAUUUUCACUUUUCUUCUUAUGGGGGAAAAAGUUGAACAACACAGUGUAUCGGUGUCCUAGAAUAAGGGUGGCUGUCAGUCUGGACAUUUAAAGGUACGGCUUAUCCCAUUGCAGAAAGAAUGCUGGACCAAAACUGAUAUAUUAAAAUAUUACAUGACUUGUAAAUAAAUGAGUCACACUCUGAGAAAACGGGGUUAAAUGCAUGUGCUUAAAGUGUCAACCCAGAUUAGCCUGUGCAACUCAGGGACAACUCUUUCAGCCUAUUCUGGAUAUUUGCUAAGAAGAGAUUUUCUUUAAACAAAAAAUUACAUACAAGUGAAAAGUGUCAUCCCUGAUGAGCUGAUGCAGACUGCACAGGCUAUUCUGGAACAACACUUUACACACACGAAUUAAACCAUCUGUCCACAGAGCAUGGAUCAAAUUAAUUUGUUCUUUAGUCAAGCAUGGUACCAUUUUAUUAUUUUGUGUACAUGUGUAUAAAUUUGUCACAUUUGUCAUUCAGAUUCAUUUUACUUUGAUAGACGUUGUUCUAUAUUUGAGAAUGGAUCAGACCAACGUAAACAGCUAUGUAGUCAAUUGAAUAAAAAGUUAUACAUGUAAGACAAA